AUGCCUGAGAUUUUUAUGGUGAAGGAAGCUGAAACAUUAAGCAUCCGGGAUGCUUUAAGCUGUUUGAAAAAUAUAGGUAUGGGUUGUGUGGACAUGAAAACGGAUAGUCAAAUUGUUUUUAAUGAUAUUAGUUCGUCAUCUGUUAAUUCUGCUUUUGGUUUCAUAAUUGAUGAUAUUAAAAAGUUAGCAUCUGAAAUCGAUGAUGUUGAAUUUCGUUGUGUUAAGCGAUCUGCGAAUUGUGCCGCCUACUCUGUUGCUAGGGAGAAUAACAAUGGGAAUUUUUUAGGUCUAAUUGAAAUGCUGGCUGAGUUUGAUCCUAUCAUUCAAGAGUAUGUUUUACGUGCCAGAAAUCGUGAUAUUCAUCAUCAUUAUCUUGGUCAUAAGAUUCAAAACGAAUUGAUAUUUAUGUUUGCCACUGUAGUUAAAAGAAAAGUCAUCAAAAAAAUAAAAGAAGCAAAAUAUUUUUCAGUGAUAUUAGAUUGUACUCCUGAUGUCAGUCACCAAGAACAUAUGUCUUUGAUUUUAAGAUGUGUGGAUAUAUCAACUUAUCCAAUUAAAAUAGAAGAGUUCUUCUUGAAAUUCUUGGUUGUGAUUGACACUACCGGCCAAGGUCUUUUUGAAGUAUUACAAAAUGUGUUGAUAUCACUUGAUCUUGAUAUAGAUAAUGUAAGGGGACAAGGUUAUGACAAUGGGUCAAAUAUGAGAGGGAGACAUCAAGGUGUACAAAAAAGACUCUUGGAUAUAAAUCGUAGAGCAUUUUAUAGUCCUUGUGGUAGUUAUAAUCUUAACUUGACUUCGUGUGACGUUGCAAAUAGUUGUGGCAAAGCAAGUGAUUUCUUUGGAGUAGUGCAAAGUAUUUACACAAUAUUUGCUAAUUCCACAAAGAGGUGGCAUAUCUUGAAAAGUAAUGUAACAAAUCUAACUCUUAAGCCAUUGCCAUCUACUCGAUGGGAAAGUCGUGUAGAAAGUGUUAAAGCAAUUAGAUAUCAAGUCAGUGAUAUUCGAGAAGCCCUACUUCAAGUGGCAGAUACAGACAGUGAUUCUAAAAUUCAAAGUGAGGCAAAAUCUUUAGCUACAAAUGAGCUUAGUAACUUUGAAUUUUUGCUAGCCACAAUCAUUUGGUUCGAAAUCUUAUCUAUGGUUAAUAUAAUUAGCAAGCAAUUACAAACAAAAGAUAUGCUUCUUGAUAAUUAUAGAGAAAAUGAUUUUUCUACUGCCAUGGAUAUUGCAAAGGAAAUUGCCACUGGAUUAGAAAUUGAGCCAAUGUUUCCUCAAAAGCGAAAAAUUCGUAGAAAAACACAAUUUGAUGAGAGUGCUGAUGAUAAUUCAUUAUCACCAGAAGAAUCUUUUAGGGUUCAUUAUUUUUUAUACAUUGUAGAUCAAGCUAUUAUUUCAUUGACUCAAAGGUUUGAGCAAUAUGAAGUAUAUGAAGGAACUUUUGGUUUUUUGUUUAGUUCUCACAAGUUACAAUUGAUGGCUGAUAUGGAUUUGAAGUCUUGUUGCAUUUGUUUAGAAGCACCUCUUAAGAGAGAUGAACAGUGUGGUGAUAUUGACGGAAAUGAAUUGUAUAUUGAGCUAAAAUUACUUAGAGAGAUUUUAUCGAAAGAAAAUAUAGGAGCAGUGAGUAUAUUGAAUUCAUUGAAACAGAUGAGUUGUUUUCCAAAUGCUACUAUUGCAUAUCGAAUAUUAUUAACUAUCCCAAUUACUGUUGCCUCUGCAGAAGGGAGUUUUUCAAAGUUAAAAUUGUUGAAAUCUUACUUACGAUCAAGCAUGUUGCAAGAGAGACUCAGUGGAUUAGCUUUAAUCUCUAUUGAAAAUGAG